UGCCGUUGACGACACCAGAAAAGAAGGAAGUCGCUCUGCCUUUUCUGGCCCACGAGCGCGGGCCAGACGGCCGGAACCGUCCGGCUAUACCAGGUAGUAUUUGUGACACCCCUUCCUCCGAGACGGAACAAACAGAGGUGGGAAGCCAGAUUGAUGAACUGCACACGAGUUGCCGGUCGCUAUCACAGAGAAACAGGAACGGCAUGCUCGAAAAUCCUCGGCGAGACGGGAUGGGGCUCUUCUGGGCUCGCUGGCAGGAGAAAAAUCCAUCCAUCGAGUUCAACUUAUUUAGCCAUGUGAACGUGGACAGUUGACAACUGGACAGCCUGCUCGAGACAGCUCGGAAGGACAACCGACGGACGACGGUCCGCUGCAACCUCGGGAGACUCGACAAAUACUGUACAUAACGUUAACAAGGUAGCACUCCAAAUAAGUGGCGCUCGUCCCGGAUGGCUGGCCUCGCACUAGGUACCUGUAGUUUUGAUCUUCCGGGCGAGGAUACGAUCAGCGUUCCGAUGCAGCAACGCCGCUACAAACGGGUGGAUCGUGGGCGCAAGUUCAUGAGCAUUGUGGCUCCGAAGAACCCCGAGAUUGGCGCGAGGCAAUUCUUGGGGCUUUGCGCGCAACCUCAGCCCCGGCAGUCGUCGCAGUCCGCCGUCGCUCCGGACCACGCAGGCCCUUUUCGUCUGGUCCGGUCCGGUCUGAUCUCAGCACAUUGGGUCAUUGCCUCGCGCGACGCGGUGGACAUCAAGCUUGCCACAGGCCGCCCCAAAGAGGAGGCCGGCUGCUCUAGGACGCUUGAAAAACGGUAUCAUCACCUGCUCUCGUGGCGCCCCGCGCGCUUCCGCUCAACGCUCAGGACUAGGACUCGCUCCGCGAGGCUUCCGCAUCUCAGCUUCCCGCCAGCUUGCUCAAUCCUCCUAGGGAUGCUCGGGAAGCUCUUCAAUCUCGGCGCUGGCUCCGGGUCCGGGGCACCGCCCUCUCCCCAACCCUUUUCGCAGAGGCCUAUGCCACUCGAAUCGGUCCAUGAAGAUAUCCAUACGCGGCACUUGCUCUUCCCGGAUCCGCAGGACCUAUACGAGCAACGUGCCAACCAGCUGUACCCCUUAUCCAGCGGCGCCACCACCCCCACCGGCGCUUCGACGGCAGCCUUCGACUACAAUGCCGACGUUGAGCUUGACGUCCGCGAUGUCCGCAUCAUUAUCAUGCAGGACGCCCUGAGCUCCGUUGCCGCCUCUCUCCUCUAUGACAGCCAACCUCCGCCGCCCAUCCCGGCCGCGUCCGUCGACCGGCCUUCCGCGACUGCGGGUUCUUAUUCCGUUCAAGAGCCGCGUCGGGGCCCUGUCUCUCCGCGGAAAUCCAGUCUCAGUUACUCCCAGCGGCCAGUCGUCAUCCAGCCUGGCAGCCCCAAGGUACGCCAGGGCGCCUUUGAUCGGAGACCUUCGGUCCACAGUCGCAGCCAGGCUUUCAACGAGAGUGAGUCUCAGCGCGCGUGGCGCGAGUACCGCGAAGAGCUAGCCACCUUCUCCAGCUGCAUCUUCGGCAACUCGGAGCUCAUGGCAUACAAGGGCACUUCUACCAAAGUCCAUGUCGUGCCGUCAGACGUCCGGUCGAGCGAGACCACCUCGGCGCUCGGAGACGGGCGUGGUUCCUUGGGCAGGUCCACCAUGAGGGCAAGCCGCCUCUCGCAGUCAUUCUCCUCGGAAAACCCCCCUCCGUUCCCUACACCUCCUACCCCAGGCGGGACAGGGCGCCUUCAGGACCGAAAGAAAGUGUUGAUCACGAGGCUGUUUCCAGUCAGCCUCCCGCUCGACGGGGACCUGCCACCUCUCCACGAGGUCAUGUCCGAAGAGACCACAGGCUAUCCCUUUCCCCCGGGCACGGAGGAUGCGAAGGCCAAGAAGAAGAAGCUACAGCCGAGGCAAAAGCGAACCCCCAUGUACGCCGUGGCCCUCAUCAUUACCCUGCCUCCUUCGCCCUCGCAUUCUACUCCGGCCACGUUGCGAUCGGGCUUCAAAGGAUCCGGCUCGUAUACCGAGGGGGACUCCUUUCCAUCAUCGUUCAAUUCCUCACGGCGCCAUGGAUGGACGUCGACGGGCCAAGGCGGGUUUGGCGCGCCUGACUCGUUCGAGACAAACUACGGCAGUGACAUGGAGGAUCAAAUCGACGCCAUCACGCAGCACUGGGACAUCAUCAUGCGGACCUUGAGCCGCCUGCAAUCUGUUGUUGCCACCACGCUGUUUGCGAUGCUCCGGCAGGCCGAUAUUGCAUCCCGGACCCGCUUCCUACUUUUAUCUGGCCGGCGCGGCGAAGAUGGACAACCGGUCAUGCCUCACAAGACGAACGCGAAGCACAUUACGUUGCUCCCCAACUGCUUGCUUGACAAUCGGAACAUUAACGCCGAGGUCGAUGCGGCGAAGACGCGGAUCGUCGCCGGGAUUCGGGCCUCUCGCGUGACGACGGGGCAGAAUCGUUGGCCGAUCUGGCGAGAGGAGGCUCGCCGGGUGGCUAAGUGGGCCGGCGGCAGAGACCAGGGCUUCUUUUUCUUCAACCUUCUCACAGCGUUUCUCGCAACGCAUACCGACUGGCUCCAGGCACUGAGUCCUCCGGCAUACCGCCGUCAGCAUCUCGCCCAGCAACAGCAGAGAGCCAGGUCGGAGGAAGACGCCUUGCUGCCUGCUCGGACAAUCAUCUUGAGCGACGACAAGAUAGCGGCGCGGCGGUUGGUAUUUCUGCUAUCUGCCUUCCUGCCAGCGUCUCAGUCGGUACCAGGUGCCCGGAGCCACCGACCAAGCACGCCCGCAUCUUUGGGUGCGCUGUCACAGUCUCCCCCGGCUUUCGUCGUCCCCAUCCUGAAGGAAGAGUCGUUGCGCAGGAAGAUGAACCGCCGUACAGGCUCGCGGCUGCCGUCCCAUUCCCGCAACUUGAGCUUACAGGCGCACAACAUGCGAGGCGGUGGUGUUCCUCCUCCAUUGGCCCACCUAAGCAUGGAGGGCCGGCACGAGAGGUGGCCCUCCGAUACCGCUUCGAUCCGGACUAGUCAUCUGCCUAUCCGCGGGGGAGAUACAAACACGAGGAAGAGCAGUGCCGUUACCACCGCCACAAUCACCCCCGAGACCAGCAUUCCCCACUUUUCGACAGUUCACAGAGCCGACAUAAUCUCCCAGGGACGUCCAGGGAGCAGCAACAGCGUCGCCGCCGAUGACUUGAAGCGACUUACCCGAGAUGAGAACCCCGGAUCUCAGGGUACUGGCCCCGGUGAACGCAGACAGAGCUCAAGAUGGAGUGUUCUUAGCGGCCUCUGGAACGGACGUAGGAGAGACUCGACGAGCAACUACCCUGGACCGAAUGACAGGCGGGUGGGGAGCUCCGUCUCGCCCGCGGUCGCACGACAGCCUUCGAUCAGCGCACCUUCCAAAACGACGCCAGAAGUCCAGACUGCCGGGGGCUCGCCGGCUGAGCAAACCGGCGAUACCCCCGGCAAUACCACCCCAAGCCCCAGAGAUUCCGCACCCCCUCUCCGGACAUCUGCAAGCGACAGCUUGGGCCUCUCCGAGCAAGCAAGUGCCGUGCAGAAGACACAGAGGACUCCAGACCCGUCUGGGGCCUUUGCGUCACCAGUGAAGACUUCCAUCAACGUGGAUGAUGGUGUCAUUGAUGUGGAGGUUCCGCUGCCAGAUUUCGUCACUUCGUUCGAAAGUGCCGUGAGCUCGCCAUCGAGCAGCGGUUAUCUGUCGGCGUCGGGCUUUGGCAGCGGCCUGGACGCGUUUGAGCAGUCAUUCCGCUUCGCUGCUGACGGAGAUGUGCCGCCGAAUGUCGCCGGCUGGUUGCAGAAUUACCACCCGGAUUUCGUUCUGCAGGCACUACCAGCUCAUCAUGAUGUCCGCGAGCGAAUCAGGGCAUCAAUGCGCGCUGAGCCGAACCCGCCGAUACCAAGCACACACCCAUCGGCGGACUCGACGGAGAGAUGGAUCGACGUCACCUCGGCUGUCGUGGCCGACACAACCACAUUCACCGUGACACGCCUACGCUACCGUCGCCUAGUCAAGGUGAUACAACCCGGUGCCGCAGAGCUGAACCAGAACCCUGCACCUGCGACACCGUCCUCCACCACAUGCAGCACGACACCGUCGACACCAACGACGGCGGGUCUGAUGCCCUACGAGGUGCAGCUGAAAGAGGAGUUCAUCGAAGAGCGGAUUGUCGCUUUCGACGAUGUGCUGACCGAAGCCGUGGAGCGGGUCAUCGCCGCGGCUGGGACCGAUUCCACGGUGAGCAAGGUCGGCUCGACCAGCUCAUCCAGGUCGACCAGUAAACGCAGGGAGAGGGAGGCUCAGAGGGAGAGGAGGGAUAGCCUGCCGAGCGGGUCGGAUGUGCGGGCUUGCCCCAACCCAAGCCAAGGUCACAGUCAAGGUCAGGCCCUCCAAGGCUUUUUGCUUGCCGGCCCGCAAGAGGUGCCACGAUCGCAGUGCAAGACUGUCCUGCUGUCAGCGCUAGAGGAUGUCAUUCAGGACGUAAUUACUGAGAGGGAAGAACAGCUGGGGCAGCAGCAGCAGCAGCAGCAGCAGCAGCAGCAGCCAAGGGGACAGCAAAGAGAGAGAGAGCGGGAAAGAGAAAGAGAAAGAGAAAGGGAGAGCCCACUGCGCGAGGCGGUCAGGGGCUGGAUGGAGAGCAUGGAUCUUGGCGAUUAGGACCACUUGAUACCCCAUUACCCUUCUCCUAUUCUUUUUCUAUCUUGUUCCUCCGCGUCAGGAACGUUAUGCCGGCGCCAAAGGAGCGUACUAGGCAGUGGUUCGUUCAACAUCCAUGGUGGCUGCGUUGGAAUCAGCUUUGGUGGUCUCGUCGUAUUAUUAACUUUCAACAUCACCCACUUUCGUGGUAAUCAUCAUAUGAUAACUCAGGAGAACUCUUGUUACCCAAGCAGGUCCGCCCUCACAUUGAGUUCUGCUGCUGUCAGGUAUUGUAUAAUACCUGGUGCUCUUCUGCCCUCCCGUAAUUCGCCAUGGUUCCCCUUCAACCACACUGCAGCAAAGCCACAUCAGCUUUACUCCUGGCCUUCACGGUCCCCCGAGUCUAGCGUGUCUUUACAUAGCUAGAGCGUACCGGGCCUACAGCAAGCGCGG